CAGGUCCUCGCCUCACAUCAGGCGCAGCUGCGUCUCCACAAACAUCCCGCGCCAUUCUCGUCCCCAGAUACGCAACCAGAUCCGGAGCAGUGCACACACUUACUCCAGGCGUCCGCAGAGCUCGUGUGCCGGCACCAUCCCCUCCUUUAGAAAGAAACUACCAUUCUUCCCACCGCUCUGCAUCUGUGCAUCUCUGCCCAGAGGAGCUGACCAGCAGACCAGCAGACAUGCAUACAGCAACUGCCAAAUGGUACGACAGGAGGGACUCUGUUAUUAUAGAGUUCCUUAUAGCAGACAGCAAAGAUGUUAAAGUGGACUUUAACAAAAAAAAGUGUGGUUUUAGCUGUCUUGGAGGAGAUGGAGAUGCCAAACAUGAGAAUGAAAUAGAACUUUAUGAGGAUAUUGACGAAAGUGAAUGCAAACAUAAACGCACAGACCGUUCUGUCUUGUGCUAUUUACGAAAAGCACAGCCAGGGAAAGCGUGGCCGAGGCUAACAAAAGAGAAGGCGAAGCUGAGUUGGCUCAGUGUUGACUUCAACAACUGGAAAGACUGGGAGGAUGACUCAGAUGAGGAGAUGGGCAACUUUGAUCAGUUCUCAGAUAUGAUGAACAACAUGGGAGGUGAGGAUGACUUACCUGAUCUAGAUGGUGCCGAAGAUGAUGACUCUGCAGAUAGCGACGAUGAGAAAAUGCCAGACUUGGAAUAGAAGACUGUAAUACUGUAGAAGGAACACAGACCAACUGAGGACAAGAGGAAGCAUAACAAAUUCACAUCUUGAAACUGAAGGCAGUGACAAACAACUGUACAUAUGAGUCAGUAGCCAUAUUUAUCUCUUUGACCAAUUGGAGUACUUACAGUUGAUAUGCAUGGCAUUGUACAGAGCAGCUAUCUUCACUUCCAUUUGCUGUACUGCACUUUUGGGGUAUGUUGUUUUUGUUGAAUAUUACAAGAAAGGACACCUUAUUUUUGGGAAACUUGUAGUUGUCCUCAACUGUUUUCAAAUGCAAUGUGGUUCAAAAAUUACCUGGUUCACUUCUUCCUAAUGUUGUUUGUUUUGUUUUCUUAAAUUAGCUGAUUUGAGCAGCUUGUUUCAUGAUUGAAGAAUUAGAUGGGUUUUCUGAUUGGGAUCCUCUAAAGCCUUCCGUGUGCUGUGAAUUAGAUAUCCAGGCAACCAGUCUUUGUAUCAGUAGCUUAACCUUCCACCUUAUGUUUCCUUUUAUUACUUGUUUAAUGUUUGUGAAUUUGGAAUAAUGAAUUAGAAAUAUUUGCAUUUUCCCAGUAAUGAUCUACUGUACUGAUUGAAUUCCAUAUACACACCUGACAUAUAAUUUACAACAGACAGUGAAAUGUUUUGCAGCUGAUGAAGAAAUCUGAAGCUCAGUUGGUCUUUUGCUUCAUGUGGUUUGACACUAUCCUUCAGUUUCUUUCUGUUUGUUCAUCUAUCCUCCCUCAUGAGUGAGGAAGUGUUGGAAUGAAACAAGAGUGGUGACCAAAUCAUAUUUGCACUGUCAAUAAAAUGUAAAAGAAGACAAA